AUGAGGACGUCCGCUCUCCUUCGCAAGUCUACCUCCCUCCUUGCACGAUCUACGCUAGCCACUCCAUCGACAGCAGCAGCCCGCGUCGCACCUGCCCUCCCUGCCCUCGUCGCCGGCACCAUGUCCAACCGACGCGCCAACAACAGGCUCAACCAGGUCUCUCGUCAACUCACUUCUUCCCGUCCAGUCGUGAUGAGUGCUUCCGCUCCCAACCGUGCUUCAGCAGCCUCGUCCACCGUGUCCACCAACGCAAAUGACGACAAGCUCGUCAAGCUUCUCUCCGAAGGCGGUCUGCGCACCAUCCUCCUCAACCGCGAAAAGGCACUCAACGCCCUCAACCAGGAGAUGGUCGACCUCAUCGACGCCGCUCUCGACGAGUGCAUCCGCUCGUCCACCUGCAAUGUCAUCCUCCUCCGCGGCACCGGUCGUGCUCUCUGCUCGGGUGGAGACGUGCUGGCUGUCGUCAAGGCGGCCGACUCCAAAGAUGCCGCGACACGCAACACCGCCCUCGACUUUUUCCGCUCCGAGUUUCAGCUCGACUACAAGAUCGCUCGCCUUGGUGAAGCUGCCAACGCCCACAGCGCCGGUCAGGGCGCCGAGGACGCACGCACCCUCGCCAAGUCCAAAGGAGGCGACUUCAAGAAGCCCAAGACCUUUGUCGCCGUCAUGGACGGCAUCACCAUGGGCGGCGGUGUCGGUCUGUCCGUGCACGCACCCUUCCGUAUCGCCACCGAGCGAACGAUGUUUGCCAUGCCGGAGACCGGCAUCGGCUAUUUCCCAGAUGUCGGUGUCACGCGUGUGCUCGCCCGUCUCGACGGCAGGAUCGGCCAGUACCUCGGUAUGACCGGCGCCCGCAUCAGCGGUGAGGAGGCCUACCUCGUCGGUCUCGCUACGCACUACAUUCCCUCGUCGAGCAUCGACACGGUCGCUCACCGUCUCAGCACCCUCCCUGCCGAAUCGGCGCUCAACCCGUCCCUCGUCUCGUCCGCCCUGCAGGAGUUCUCGUCCGACCCGCUCGCCGCCAAGGAUACGCUCGCCAAAUCCGCCUUCUUCGGCGACCGUCGCAUCGCCCUCGACUACGUCUUUGGUCAGCUCUCGUGCGAAUCCAUCUCCAGCUCGCUCGAAGAGAUCGCGGCCGGUAAGGCCGACUCACAGGCUGCGUCCGAACUUGCCCAGCUCGGCCUCUCGUCGCUGACACCAGAGGUGCAGCAGUGGGCAACGCAAACGCUCAAGGAUUUGAAGACGAAGUCGCCGCGCUCGCUCAAGAUCACCCACCAGGCCAUCCUGGAGGCGCGCCGAUUUGACGUGGAGGAGGCCUUCCGAUUCGAUAUGCGCCUCGCUGCUGCGUUUUGCGAUCUCUCGAUCGGCAGGGACUUUUAUAGCGGCGUGACGCACGUUCUUGAGAAAGACGCCCAGGGUAAGCGCAGGACCGGAAUUGCGGAUUGGGACCCACCCUCGCUCGAAGAGGUCAAGGACGCCACGAUUCGAGCACAGUUCUUCAGCGAUGCAGAGACGGCCAAGCGCGCAGGGUUGAAGAUGGACGUGCCCGCUCUCGAGGCUGUUCCCGAGCCACCGACGAGUAAGGAGGCGAGGCAAGCAAGAGACAGUCUGUUGCGAGGAAAAGGUCCGCUCAAGUGGGAACAGAGCCACAACGUCUUUGCGCUGCCCAGCGAGGCCGAGUGCGCGGCGCUGUUGGAGGGAUCCCACCCCGCAGCGGCCGCCGUCAAGCCGGAUACAAGCGAGCUGGUGGAGUGCUUGAAGAGGCAUAAGGGCAGUCUGCCCGGGUUGGAGUUCAAGGUGCUUGACUGGGUCAAGAGGCAGGAGAGGCGUCGGGUGUGA